AUGGGCAGGUUGCGCUUGAGUAACUUGGAUAAAUUGGUUAGCGACGCUACGGGCUAUAAAAGCUACUGGAAUAAGACCAUAAAUUCAGCUAAAUUGUCAAUUUUUGGACCCAAGUCAGGAUUACAGUGGCUGAACAAGAAAAUCAGCCUAGACGAGCAAUUAAUAUCACUUUUAGACUACGUUGGCGAUGAAGAAUGGCUAAAGCCACUUCAGGGGCCCAGUAGAACCAGGUGGUACUGGCCGAGCAAGUAUUUACACAUGGAUUUUACGCUCCGCCACUACCUGGCCAUGCAAAUAUCUAGAUUCAAAAAAAGAGAAGACGAUCCUACAAUAAUUAACUUGUGGAAUACUGUGGUUAAAUUUAGUUCACAGAAGGAUUCCAUACGGUCCUUUUUAAAUUCAGUAGAUUCCAACACCUUUUCAAACUCCAUUACAAUUCAGGACACCUUCUGCUUAUAUUACUUGAUCUUCAGAGAAUCUCCCCUGUCUUUUACUCCAGACUUCGAUUUCAAUUCAAAAUUUGAGGACCCCAAAUACGUGCCGUUUGCAAGAUACGCACUAAAGCCAUUAGAAGAAAAUUUUAACCACUCUUAUGGUUUACACACAAGCAAAGAGAAUAGAGCGGAUACGUUUAACAGAAACCUGAAGCUAUUGAUCAAAAACGACCCAUCACUUGCAGAAGUGCUAAAGAGUAGAAACAGAUUUGUAGAUUUAUUAUAUUUAAGAAGGAGGAACUAUUACCUGGAUAAAGUAACCAGGAAGAAGAAGAUAAGUGAAAUAAAGCAGAAGUACAAGAGUCACUUCCUAGAACACCCAGAUCAGAAGAAGAUUUGGCCGGACAGUAAAGGAAUACACCAGCACAAGUGGCCACAAAUUUGA